AAAAGAAGCGUAUUUCACUGAAGGAUCAGAAGAGCACUGCGAGGUCACCAUGGGGUCACUGUUCCGCAGCGAAGAGAUGACCCUGGCGCAGCUUUUCCUGCAGUCUGAGGCUGCGUACGCCUGCGUGUCGGAGCUGGGAGAGCUCGGAUUGGUCCAGUUCAGAGAUCUGAAUCCUGACGUCAACGCUUUCCAGCGGAAAUUUGUCAAUGAGGUGCGCCGGUGUGAUGAGAUGGAGAGAAAACUACGAUUCCUUGAGAAGGAGAUUCGGAAGGCGGGCAUUCCCAUUGUGGACACGGGGGAGAACCCUGACGCCCCCCCUCCCCGAGAAAUGAUCGAUCUGGAGGCCACGUUUGAGAAGCUGGAGAAUGAAAUGAAGGAGGUGAACACCAACCAGGAGGCCCUGAAGCGUAACUUCUUGGAGCUGACGGAGCUCAAACACAUCCUGCGCAAGACACAGAGCUUCUUCGAGGAGGCUGAAUUCCAUCAUCAGAUGCAGGAUCCGGCGCUGGCGGAGGAAUCCCACGCUCUGUUGCUAGGCGAUGAGGAACGCGGCGGGCAGCCCAUGCGCCUUGGAUUUGUAGCUGGCGUGAUCAACCGGGAGCGUCUGCCGACGUUUGAGCGCAUGCUGUGGCGGGCUUGUCGCGGGAACGUGUUUCUCCGUCAGACCGAGAUCGAGACUCCCCUGGAAGAUCCCGUCACGGGUGACCAGGUGCACAAGUGUGUCUUCAUCAUCUUCUUCCAAGGAGAUCAGCUCAAGACACGUGUCAAGAAGAUCUGCGAGGGAUUCCGUGCUACGCUGUACCCAUGUCCGGAGACGCCCGCCGAGCGUAGGGAGAUGGCCAUCGGAGUCAUGACACGUAUCGAAGACCUACAAACGGUGUUGAACCAGACGCAGGACCACCGUCACCGCGUGCUGGUCUCUGCGGCCAAGAACAUCCGGGUGUGGUUCAUCAAGGCUCGUAAGAUCAAGGCCAUCUACCACACCCUCAACCUGUUCAACCUGGACGUGACACAGAAGUGUCUGAUCGCCGAGUGCUGGUGCCCCGUGGCCGAUCUGGAGAGGAUCCAGCUGGCACUGAGACGCGGAACGGAGCAUAGUGGUUCCAGUGUUCCCUCCAUCCUGAACCGUAUGACCACCAAGCAGGCCCCACCGACCUACCACAAAACCAACAAGUUCACGUCAGGAUUCCAGGCACUGGUGGAUUCCUAUGGAGUGGCCAGCUACUGCGAAGUCAACCCUGCGCCCUUUACUAUCAUCACGUUCCCGUUCCUGUUUGCGGUGAUGUUCGGAGACGCGGGACACGGGCUCAUCAUGGCGCUCUUCGCUCUCUGGAUGGUCUGGAGGGAGAAACAGCUGAUGAACCAGAGAAAGGAUGACGGGAUCUGGAGUAUCUUCUUCGGUGGACGUUACAUCAUCCUGCUGAUGGGAGCCUUCUCCAUCUACACUGGGUUUAUCUACAACGACUUCUUCUCCAAAUCUCUCAACAUCUUCGGCUCUUCUUGGCACAUGGCAAACAUCAGUGAUGAUGACAUCAAAAACAAUGAACUUCUUGAGCUGGACCCAAAUGUGACUGCAAUCUACAAGCCUGCCAGCCCAUAUCCAUUUGGGAUAGACCCAAUUUGGAAUUUGGCUGAGAACAAGAUCACCUUCCUGAACUCCUUCAAGAUGAAGAUGUCAGUGACCCUUGGAGUGAUACAGAUGAGCUUUGGAGUCUGCCUCAGUCUUAGCAACUAUCGGUUCUUCAAAGACCCACUGUCGAUGUUCAGUGUGUUCAUCCCCCAGCUGAUGUUCCUGAUGUGCAUCUUUGGGUACAUGGUCAUUAUCAUCUUCUUCAAGUGGAUCGCCUAUGAUGCAAGCAUCUCUUACAAAGCUCCCAGUCUCCUGAUCACCAUGAUCAACAUGUUCCUGUUCAAGUUUCCUGACAGUCAGGAUGACUACAUGUACAGCGGGCAGAAAGGGCUGCAGAUCUUCCUGGUGUUGGUAGCCGUGGCCUGUGUCCCAUGUAUGCUGUUCAUCAAGCCGUACUUCGAGUGGCGUGCGCACAAGAGCGGCAAGCGUACCGUAAGGUUUGGGACUGUCCAAAUGCAGGUCAACGGUGCCUCGGAGGACACCGCGGUCAUCAUGGACCAGGACGAGGGGGAGAUGCCCCCGCCACCGCCCGAGGGGGCCCCCGCUCACAAGGAGGAGGAGGAGUUUGACAUAGGAGAGAUCCUGAUCCACCAGGCCAUCCACACUAUAGAGUUCUGUCUGGGGUGUAUCUCCCACACGGCCUCCUACCUGCGACUCUGGGCUCUUAGUCUGGCUCAUGCCCAGCUAUCAGAGGUCCUGUGGAGCAUGGUUCUGCACAUCGGGCUGGGCUUCAAGGGCUGGGUGGGAGCCGUGGUCACCAUCCUUGUGUUCCCAGCCUUCGCUGUGCUGACUGUUGCCAUCCUCUUGGUCAUGGAGGGGCUGUCUGCUUUCCUGCACGCCCUGCGUCUGCACUGGGUGGAGUUCCAGAGCAAGUUUUACAAGGGCGAGGGUCACCAGUUUGUCCCCUUCUCCUUCGAAGCACUCAUGGAGGAUCAUAACUAAUAUACCAAGCCACUACUGCAACUGUCAAGUGUCAACCAUUCUGUAGUAACUCUAGAUGAAGAUGAUUAGGCCACACCAAUUAAUUUUCCUGAUUCUUGGACAUUUCAAGUUAAAACUAGAGCAAGUUGACAUCAUAAAAAAAACAGAAGCCAGGAAGGAAAACUUGAAUAUAACUUUCACUCCAAGUACACCCAGGCAAAGACCUGGUUAUGUUUGUUGAAGGAAAACAUAUUGUUUUUAC